UUCUACAAAUGCAACGGAUUUUCUUUAUUUUGUAGAAAAUUUUCGACCAACAGUGCGUUAAAGGCUCAUCGGCGAAUACAUGAUUUAUUGAAGCCGUAUAAGUGUUACGUUUGCAAUAGAAAUUUUUCAACAUCGAGCAGCAUGAAGAGACACCAUAUUACCCACAGUAAUAAACGGCCUUAUAUGUGUCCGUAUUGUAAUAAAACGUUUAAAACAACGGUGAAUUGUCGUAAGCACAUGAAGGUACAUAAGCAAGAAAUUGCCCUACAGCAAUUGGAAUCUGAGAAAAAGCAGCAAGAGUGUUCAAAUUAUUCGUCGAAUAAUAUUGAAAUAAUAAUGACAGAUCAAAAUAUUAUUAAUGAUCAAGAAAUAACUUUCCAACCAAUUACAAACGAUUUGAGACCAAAUUUAAACGAAUCCAUUGAAACGAUGAUUAAAGAUAAAGAUACACCUUUUAUCACUAUUUCUCCAUCGUCGCAAAACAUUAACGUGACAACGCAAAAUAUACCCCUAGUAGAGAAUCCUAACAUAGGUACAACUCAAGCAUUACAUGCCGAUGAGACUGGCACUAUUACCUUACCUAACUAUUCGGGUAACCAAUCGCUUACACCUGAGAGCAUAAGAGAAAUCGAAGAGACUUUAAAUCAGCAAUUAUUUAGCAUUGGAAUGAAUCUCGCGCUGAACAAUACCGUCAGACAGAUUGAGGAGCAUAAUAAUCCUUCUCUGGAAAAUCGCGAACAACCUAUUUUAAGUAUAAUUUAUGAUAAUGGCAAGAGUUUGGAAUCCUCCAUUAAUACGGCCAUAAAUGCAAAUGUUUACACUUCGCAGUAUGAUGCAUUUGACAUUAAUCAAAUAACGUUGCAGGAGGACAAUGACCUUGACAUAGGAAUAGCGCAUCCUAAUGCAACUAAUAUGGCUAGCAUUUUACCACAAUCUAUACAAGAGCAUUCGCAAUAUAAUCCACAAUUGAUUGAUCAAGAUUUUCAAAAUACUGUCAUUCUUAAGCCAGAUUAUUUGAAGAAGGACAUGGAAGUAUUUAACGAUUCUUCGCUUAUCAAUAUGGAAAAGGAGCCGUCGUCGUACAAUGAAAGCAAUAAGAUCUUACUUACAGAUCAUAAUUUUCAGUGCCGUAUUUGCAAUAUGCCGCAAUUUAGCACCGAUGACCUCAACGAGCAUUUAAAGAUACACGAAGAUAAUAAGGAAUAUCAAUGUAGCCAUUGUUUUUCGAAAUUUUGUACAAACGCAGGCCUUAAUAAGCAUUUAAAGGUCCAUACAAGUUUAGAGACACAUAAGUGUUACGAAUGUAACGAGGAGUUUUCAACGACAUUACAAUUAAGAAAGCACAUAAAAGAUCACGUGAAGUUCGAGCUGCAACUCAAAAGUUUAACAGAUCAAGACGAUAUGAAUAUUAAUCUUGAAUCGAAAAAGGACGAUGAAAUCGUCGAUAAAAAGUAUAAUAAAUGUAAAUAUUGUCCUAAGAUUUUCCGUAAACCCAGUGACCUCAUAAGACACGUUAGAACCCAUACCGAUGAUCGGUUAUUCGAAUGUCCUCUGUGCGACAUGACGUUCCCGACCUCCGGCCACCAAAAGCUGCACCUCGCAUCCCACGAGCAGGAUCCCAAUCCAUUGGUGAGCUCGGCGAUCCAAUCGAUGGACGCGAUGACGGGUAUCGUGACACCCGAGCCCAAUGAUCCCAAGGACGGGCAGAUCGUUCGGAUCGUACACACGGCACCGGUGAUCCAGCCGCUUCUCGAGCCGACGGUGGACGGCCAUCAGACUAUCGACGUGAACUCGGGCCUCGGUGGCCUAGCCGGCGAUCAGAUAACCUUCAAUGCGGACGGCGCCGUUUCGAGCGACAGCAACGGCUUUCUCUUAAACGAGAAUAACCAGCUCGUCGCCAAUCUUCAGUUUCUGCUUGCCAAUGGCCUCGUCACUAUACAUACGGAGGACCCGGCGCUCGCCUCUCAGCUGCCACUCUCCUCUUCGAGCUGCGCCCAGAAUGACUUUCUCGCGACGAGCGUCGCGCAAAAGGUACAGGACCAGGCGACCGACCUCCAAGUCAUAUUCGCCGGUGAGAUACCGGACGCGGUGGUGACUCCUUUAACCAACGAGGCCGAUUUUCAGCUCAACAAUAGCAUGGUUUUGCAACUGGAAAAUAUCGACUCGACUGUGCCCGACAGGAACGACGAGAGAUGUCUCAAGCAGAUCAAGACAGCAAGGUAAACCGAGGGCUCCUUUCAUCUCCAAACUGCCUAAUAUCUCUUAAUAUUGAAACGAACUUGACUUUCAACACUUCAUCCUAAUAAUAAUAAUUUUGAAUUUUGUUAUAUCAACCUAUACAUUCGUU